AGUGACUGCAGGUGGUCCGACGGCUGACCGGGGCGGCUGCGACAGCGGCCACACGACCCGAGCUGACCGACAGAGACCAGCAGAGACCGGCAGAGACCGGCAGAGACCGCCCGGACCGCGCCGGACCGGACCGCCGCCCAGGUGUGUCCGGCUGACUGCUGCCGUCGACUCCGCACGCUAUGAUCAGCCGUCCUUGUCUGGAGACCACAGACCAGUUCCGGCGAUCGUAGUGUGUAACGGCUCGGCGGGAGGAGCUGUCAGCGGCACACCAGCGGCGCCCUCGGAGAUGCCCAGUGAAUCGGCACCGGCCAAACAGGAAGAGGUGCUUGAGCCGGUGUCUGCGGCCGAGGAGGGCGCUCCGGCCCGGAACGGCACCGGGCCCGGACCCGGACCCGGACACGGUCCCGGCGCCGGUCCGGGCGGCCCGGAGCGUCCGCCGACCUCCGGACUGACCCGGCAGAGCCGGAGUCUGGAGCUGCCGGCGCAGAACAGCGAGCACGGCCCGCACACACUGCCCAGACAAAAGAGCGCGCGGCUCAAGGUACUGAUGCGCAGCCACGCCAUGCGGGAGGAGACGUCUCCGCCCCCGGAGGUGGACGCGCCUCCGCCGCCGCCGCCGCCGCCUCCUCCACCGCCCCGGUACUCUCUGAACGUGUCCCACGGCCACAAGCUGCGCAAGUUCCACAGCCAGGGCAGCGCCGAGGGCCGCGCCGGCAGCCCCCAUCUGUCUGCAGAGUCGUCUGGCGAGGUGUACAUGGACAGUAAGGGCGUGGAUGUGGAGCAGUUCCUCGUGGAGGCGCUCAAUGCCAACAUCAAGGACCAGGCCCACCUUCUCAAAUACGAACAGGACAUGCUGCACUUCAUCAAAGAUAACUCGCGGGCCGAGUUCAAGUUCCCGCCGCAGUCGUCCUACCAGCGGAUGCUGGUCCACCGGGCGGCGGUCUACUUCGGUCUGGACCACAACGUCGACCCGACCGGAACGUCUGUGAUCGUGUCCAAGACGGAGAGGACGCGCGUGCCGGAACUCAGGUUCCGCGACCUGCUGCGAGACGACGGUGAUGAACCGAAGCGGCUGCUGAAACGGGACGGCCUGCUGGGACACUACUCCAGGAGUUUCGACAAUCCCAACUCUCUGGACUCUCGGCGCAGUCGCAGCUUUGAGGAACGCGAGGUCGAGUACCGAAAGGCCCGCACCCGUAUUUUCAACAAUCAGCAGCAGGAGCUGGACGGCGACGGGUGGUCGGGUGACGGCCGGUCCGGCGGCGGCUGGCUGGACGCACCGCCCGACCCCUGCCGCCGACAGAUGCCCUCCAAGGCCCACUCGGUCGACCAGCCGCCGCGCUACGCCCGCCUCAACACCGCCGACAGUCUGGACGCCAGCGGCAACUCGCUGCGUGUGGCCACCGGCGGCGGCGGCGGCAUGCGGCCGCCGGGCGUCUCCAAGUCGCACAGCUUCGGCGGCUACACGGGUGCGGCGCCGCUGAGCCGGGGCGACAGCGCCGCCAGCGCCGGCAGCGCGCGGCUCGCCAAACAGGACUCGUCUGCCAGCAGCGUGUCGCGCCUGAGUCCGUCCAGCGGAUACAAGACGGCCUCGGUCAGCCAGGUGACCCUGGACUCGACACCGUCACCCACCUCACAGCACCAGGCCGGGUACAGUCUGGAUGAGGGCAGUGUGGCGUCCGGCGGCGGCGGGCCCAGCGCCGGCGGCGGCCCCGCGGUGGCCCCCGCUCCCGGCCCAGUCCGCGACUGUCAGCCCGUUCUCUGGGCCGUCACUAACCUGGAGGACGUCCCCGCCGGCUCCGUCAUCAUCGACCCUCACUCUGGCCAGCCGUACUUGAACCCGGACCGUACCGUGUACCGGUACAACCCGGCCAACCCGCCGCAGCUGGUGCCGGCCGCGGCCAGCCCGCCGGCGCAGCUGCAGGCCGCGCCGGCCGCCUAUCACACCGCCAGUCCGCCGGCCUCCUACGUGGCGCCGGGAGGCAGUCCGCCGGCGCCCGCCGUCCAGUACAUGCCGCAGCCAGGCCCCGGCCCGGGAGUGGCCGGCUACUACCCCGUGGUGCCUCCGAUGGCGGCGGCCGGCCAGCCGCGGCCGCACGCCGUCCAUCAGCCUCAGCCGUCGGCCGACAAGCCGGGCGGCGACGUGAGCCACCAGCUGAUGGGUCUGACGCUGGCCGAGCACGGUCAGGGGGACGCCCAGCUGGCCGCCCAGCAGCAGCAGUACCUGCUGGCGUACCGGCCGGCCGGCGGGCCGCAGCCGGGACCGCCGCCGGCCGCCGGCGCGCCGCCCCAGCCGCCGCCGCCUCAGCAGGCCAUGUUCUGUGUGCCGGGACCGAGCGUGCCGCUGCGCUACAUGUACCACCACCUGGUCAGCCCCGACCAGCCGCAGCCGCAGACAGCGUACAUGGGCGUGUACCCGGGCUGCACGACCAUGUCGUCAGCGCCGGCGGCCGAGGCCAGCUACUAUGUGACCUCGCCGCCGGUGACGGGGCCUCCUGUGUACCCGCUGGCGCCGUUCUACGGCCAGCAAACGUACCCGGUGCCGGCCGGACGGACCGCCUCUGACCCCACCGCCGUGUCACAGCAGGUGCUGGGCUACCCGGCGGCGCAGUACCCGGCGCUGGUGUCGGCCGGCCCGCCGGUGGCCGGUCGGCUGGUGAACGGCGGCCAGCGGCUCCGCUCUGCCGAGUCGUGUGACGACUCGCUGCUGCUGCACCCGCACCCGCACCCGCUGGCGGCGCCGGCGCCGGCCUACCAGCGCACCAUGCCGCUCAGUGUGCGCCUGAUGGCGCCGCUGCGCCAGCCUCCCCAGUCGCAGUCGAGCGCCGGCCGGCCGGGCCGAGCGCGUCGCAGCCGAGCACGGAGCAAGGCGAGCAGCGAGGGAACGGUGACGCCCAACGGCGCUGACACCGGCGGCGGCUGUGUGCUGGAGGUGGACGGCGUCUGGCCCGGCCUGCGCCGCUGCGAGCUGGAGCGGCUGCUCGAGGAAUGA